UAUUACUUAUUUUUUUUAAAUAUUUUUUAUUCACAUUUUCAUUCGCUUUAUUUUACAAACAUCACCUAAAAUUUUAUUUCCAUUCUACUUGGAGCCCAUGAGAGAUAGAGCCCACAAUCUAGCCCCAUUUUCCAGUGUGGGCCCAUAUCGCUUACGAACUAUGGCCACUUGGGCCUCUCAACUGCAACUGGGCUCAGUACCUGACCACGUCCACAUGAUUUCUUUCCAAAGUGAUCCCCGUCCGACUCAAUAAGGCAAUAACCGCCCAAUUGGGUCCCACCUCAGAAGUCAGAACCCACAAACACCCCCCUCACGCCGCCCACUACCCACUUCUAACCCCGUCUCGUGAAUCUUAUUACAGAUAUACCAUCUUCCACCCUUUCAAAAAUGACCCCCGAUCAGCCACUUCUGACCCUAUCCCUUCAAUGAAACUACAGAUAUGCCACUCUUCUCCUCGCAGGUAUAAAAGCGCACUGCAGACUACAUCACUGACUUCACUGACUCUAUGCUCGAAGGCAAAACAGUAAAUACCUAAAGCUCUCUCCAGCCAUGGAUUCCUGCUCUGCAUUUCCAGCCAACUCGUCACUGUUUCUCCUCAUUUUCUUCUUCUUCGGCAUUCUGCUCGCCGCCCAACCAACCACCGCUUACUCCGUCGGCGUCAACUACGGUACCGUCGCCAACAACCUCCCCUCUCCUUCCCAAGUUGCCGCCUUUCUCAAAGGCCAAACCUUCAUCGACAGAGUCAAGAUCUUCGACGCCAACCCCGACAUCCUCCGAGCCUUCGCCGACACCGGCAUCGCCAUCACGGUCUCCGUCGCCAACGGCGAUAUCCCGGCGCUCGCCAAGCUCCCCGCUGCCCAAAACUGGGUCGCCACCAACAUUGCCCCGUUCUACCCCAAGACCGUCAUCAACCGCGUCGCCGUCGGCAACGAGAUCCUCGCCACCUCCGACAAGAACCUCAUCGCCCACCUCCUCCCGGCGAUGAAAUGCCUCCACGCCGCCCUCGAACUCGCCGGAAUCAAGGGCGUCGAGGUCUCGACCCCUCACUCUCUGGGCAUCCUAUCCAGUUCGGAGCCGCCGAGUUCGGGUCGGUUCAGACACGGGUACGACACCCUGAUCUUCGCCCCGAUUCUGGAAUUCCACCGCAAAACCAACUCCUCCUUCAUGGUGAACCCGUAUCCCUAUUUCGGGUUCACCGCCAAGACUCUGAACUACGCUCUAUUCAAGCCGAACGACGGCAUCCGGGACAACGUCACCGGCAUAACGUACACGAACAUGUUCGAUGCUCAGAUGGACGCGGUGUACUCGGCGAUGAAGAGGGUGGGGUACGGAGACGUGAGGCUGGUGGUGGCGGAGACAGGGUGGCCGUCGGCGGGCGACCCGAACCAGCUGGGCGUGAGCUUGGAGAACGCCGUCUCCUACAAUGGUAACCUCGUGAAACAUGUGAACUCCAGGACGGGAACGCCGUUGAUGCCCAACCGGACCUUCGAGACGUACAUUUUCUCUCUGUUCAACGAGAAUCUGAAGCCGUCGACGUCGGAGCAACAUUUUGGGCUGUUCUCGCCGGAUUUGACUCCGGUUUACGACGUGGGCAUUUUGCGGGAUCCGCAGGCGUCGGCUCCCACAGCUGCAGCGGGGCCCACAUCGAACCAAAACCAAAAGUGGUGCGUCCCGAAGUCGGACGCGAGCGAGGAGGAGAUGCAGGCGAGCAUAGACUACGCAUGUGCGAACGUGGACUGUGGGUCCAUACAGGACGGUGGGGCCUGCUUUGAUCCCAACACCGUCCGAUCACAUGCGGCGUAUGCCAUGAACGCAUACUAUCAGAUCUUCGGUCACAAAGAGAUCAACUGUGAUUUCGGGAACUCCGGAGUCCUCACUCCCACCGACCCCAGUAAGUGUUUUCUUCCCUCCCGAGAAAUUGCUUUCUGUAGUCUGUGCACGUAAUGUGGGAUAUGGCAAAUUUGACGGGGAUGCCUGGUUUGCAGGUUACGGAUCGUGCAAGUAUACGUCUUGAAGGAAGAAGGCGGAAGCGGCGGUGUAGCUGGCCGGUGGCUUUAGUUAUUUAAAUAAAUCUUUGCCCUUUGUUUCGAGGAAAAAGUAUAAUUUAUUUUUAGGGUUUUAAUUUUGUUUUCUUGGGGUGGGGGUUUGAUUAGGUGCGAUAGGUUGUACGGCGUUGGCGGGUGGGUUUUGGAUUUAAAUAUUGUAAUGUAACUGUGUUAAUAUUAAUAGUGGGUUCCAUUAGCCGUUGAACGAUUAACCCGGUGGGAUAAUGGAAUCUUUCUUAAGAAAAAAAAAUCACUUUUUUAGUUUGGCACUUUUGAAUGUUUUUAAAGAGGUUAUAUUUAUUUC